UGGGUGAAGAAAAGUAUAGAAUUCCGAAUUUCUCUGUCACCGGCGGCUUCUUUGGAUCCACGUGUAUUGAAUUCGUAUCUUAUUCAUCUUCAUCUUCAUCUUCAAUUUGAGCUUGAGCUUUCAAUUGGAGCUGUAUUUGGCUAUUUCCUAUUGAAUCCAGCUUUUUUUUCUCACUUCUAGUGGCAACUCCCUUGCGCAAACACUUGUGUUUAUGAUCACUACUUGAUCUGUUCAAGGACUCACAGCUCAAUUCCUCAACUUGGUUAGAGAUGGUUGCGUUUGGGAAGAAAUUGAAGGAUAGACAGAUUCAAGAAUGGAACGAAUUCUAUAUCAACUACAAACUGAUGAAGAAGAAAGUGAAACACUAUGCUGCCCAAAUCGAGACUGGAGCAUUAGAUCGCCGCCAUGUUCUCAAGGAUUUUUCGAGAAUGCUGGAUAACCAGAUUGAAACAAUUGUCCUUUUCCUUUUGGAACAACAAGGUAUUGUAGCAAGCAGGAUAACCAGGCUCAGAGAAGUGCAUGAUUCUAUUCAAGAGCAGCCAGACAUAUCCAAAAUAUCUGAUCUACAAGAUGGCUACAGAGAAGUUGGACGAGAUCUUUUGAAGAUUCUAUAUUUUGUCGAGGUUAAUGCCAUUGGUAUCCGUAAGAUACUAAAGAAGUUUGACAAGAGAUUUGGGUAUAAAUUCACUGAUUACUAUGUCAAAACCCGAGCUAAUCAUCCCUAUUCUCAGCUGCAGCAAGUGUUUAAGCAUGUGGGGUUAGGAGCAGUUGUAGGAGCCAUAUCUCGAAAUCUUUCAGAUCUUCAAGUCCGUCAAGGAAGCUACAUAUCAAUUUAUGAUCAACCUACUCUAUCAUUCAAGGAUCCUGUUGUUGAUGCAAUCAAAAUGGCUUCAGAUAGAUUAACCUACUCAACAAACUUUCUAAACUUUCUCGCUCAUCGUGCCUUUGUCAUGCAAGAAGAAGAGUUACCUGCUCCAGUAGAGGCGGUUUCUGAUGAUGAUAGAUAUCAUUUUAUGUCGCUUGUAUUGAACUUGGCUAAUACAUUUCUCUAUAUGAUCAACACAUACAUUAUAGUUCCAACAGCAGAUGACUAUUCUAAAAGUCUCGGUGCUGCUCCAACUGUUUGUGGUAUCGUGAUUGGUGCAAUGGCUGUUGCACAGAUAUUUUCUUCAGUGUAUUUCAGUGCUUGGUCAAAUAGAUCUUAUUUCAGACCACUAGUUUUUAGCAGUAUCGUUCUCUUUGUGGGAAAUAUCAUGUAUGCGUUGGCUUUUGAUGUCAAACUCAUUUCAGUCCUCCUACUUGGCCGUCUAUUUUGUGGUUUUGGUUCGGCAAGAGCUGUUAACAGGCGUUAUAUCAGUGACUGUGUGCCUCUUAAGAUACGCAUGCAAGCUUCAGCAGCUUUUGUGAGUGCGAGUGCUCUUGGGAUGGCAUGUGGUCCUGCCCUUGCUGGGUUACUUCAAACUGAUUUUAAAAUCUACAAGCUCACAUUUAAUCAGGAUACUUUACCUGGUUGGAUUAUGGCUUUUGCAUGGCUUUUCUAUUUGGUUUGGCUAUGUAUUUCCUUUAGAGAGCCUGGUCCCGUCAUUGAAGUACCACACCCAUCCGAAGGACUUAAGAAAGAUAAAUUAGAGAAUGAUGUACUUGAAGAAGGUCUUGCACGACCACUCCUCUUGGGCUCGGAAAGCAACAAGAACGAUGAGGAUGAUGAUCAAGAUGGCGAUGGAAGUGAAGAAGCACCUGCGGAAUCUCGUCAACCAGCCAAUUCUUUGGCUGAUGCAUAUAGAUUACUCACUCCUUCUGUAAAGGUGCAAUUGCUUAUCUACUUUAUGCUUAAAUAUGCUAUGGAGAUUUUACUCUCGGAAUCCAGUGUCAUCACCACAUACUACUUUAAAUGGUCUACAACGGAUGUGGCGAUCUUUCUUGCUUGUCUUGGCCUAACUGUUCUUCCUGUGAACAUUGCUGUUGGUAGCUACAUAAGCAACAUUUUUGAAGAUAGGCAAAUCUUACUAGUAUCUGAGAUCUUCGUCUGCAUUGGCUUAAUCCUAAGCUUCAAUAUAUUUGUUAAAUAUACUAUACUGCAGUAUGUCUGUUCUGGAUUAAUAAUGUUUGUGGCUGCAGAGGUUCUAGAGGGUGUGAACUUGUCACUCCUUUCGCGGGUGAUGUCUUCCAGGCUGGCACGUGGGACAUACAACGGAGGAUUGCUUUCAACCGAAGCUGGAACGAUUGCUAGAGUAAUUGCAGACGCCACUAUAACAAUGGCUGGGUAUUUGGGGGAGAGUAGGCUUUUGAAUGUCACUUUACUCCCUUCUCUCGUAAUUUGCGUGGCUUCUAUCGUCGCAACCUGUCGUACUUACAAUUCUCUGUUCUAGCCGUCUUUAGAUUUGUGUACUAUAAAAAAAAGAAACGUGGGAUGAAAAAUUUCAAUCCCAUUAGUUGUAUUCGCAUUAAUAGUGUUUGGCGCUAUGAAUUAAGUUGUAAUUUGUUUCUAUUAUUGUUGUUCAUGUGUUUAUUUUUCGUUUUAUGUACUUGUGCGAUAUUCGCAUUAACUCCUUUAUUUAUUAUUCAAUUUUCCAGCUCCAUUGAGUUUAUAUCA